UAGCUUACCGAAAGAGGCCGAAUCACGAAUUCCUUUACUAAAGAUAAUUAAAUGCUACAGAAGACCUCCUCGUGGUGCUUCACCACUCCACGCAUCGUCAUAGGUAUCCUAGAAUCUUCGACUUUUACAUAUUAAUGUGCAAAAGAAACGAGUUUUAGAGCACCAUAUGGCUGUGCUUAAGAAACACUAAAUAAUCACCUCCUAUAACUUCUCAUUUCCACACCAUUCAUCGAAGACACCUUGCUUCUCUGCCACAAACUCCCCCCUCUCCUUCUUCCAUUCCAAUAUCACAGAGGGAGGGAGAGAGAGAGAUGCCUCUACAUUUAGAGGAGACGAAGAAGGCAAGAGCAGAGGUUUAUUAUGGUGAAGAAAUCUGCCGUGAAAAAACAGUUUCAUUGCUGACAGAAAUGGGGUUGCCAAAUUGGCUCUUGCCCUCCUUUGAGGGGAUAAAGGAGUUCGGGUACGUGAAUGACACAGGAUUUGUUUGGCUCAAACAAAAGCAAAAGAGAGAGCACAAGAUUGACGAGGUUGAAGGCAAGAUUGUAAUCUAUGACGCAGAAAUCACAGGAUAUGUGGAGCCCAAGAGGAUCAAGAAACUAACCGGUGUCAAGGCCAAGGAGCUUUUCAUUUGGAUAACCCUCAGCGAAAUCCGUGUGGUGGACGACGAUAGCCGGCCUUCUACGGGCACGAUCACCUUCAAGACUCCUAGCGGGCUUUCAAGGUCUUUUGCCAUUUCCGCAGAUGAUGAACCUAUCCAAACCAAGCCAAACCAAACUGAGCCUCUAAGUCUCAAUUAGUUGGGAUCUUGCUACAUCAAUCGGUUGUCUCCAUUUAACCUGCAGCAUGUAAAAGAUGAAAUUUUUGAUUUGGAAAAAUGGUGGAGGGUGAAGAAAUGGGUUAUCCAAAUUGACACGCAGAAGAUUGGAGCAAAAGAAGUGCCUUGCAUUAGGAUACCCAAAAAAAAGGUAUUCUGCACCUGUUAUUUUUUCAAAAUAUGAUACAGAGUAUUCUGAUUAUGCAUAGAUUCAGAAUUGGCAUUCGAGUUAGCUUUGAGAUGAAAGGGGAUACGGUUGCUGAUAUCUAACUGUAUUGUAUAAUUCUUAGCAUGGUAAUUUCUAAUGCAACCCGUUCAUAUUUUGGUCACA